AGGACAAGUGACAGCCCAUGGCUCACUCAGCUGCACCGGACCCCCCAACAGGAAAGAACAUGAGUCAGCAACUGAACAGAAGCCAGAGCUGCUCCUUCAGUAAUGUGGAUGAGCUGAUGAAAACCAUGCAGCUGGCCGUCCACAUCCCCACCUUCCUCCUGGGCCUCCUUCUCAACCUGCUUGCCAUCCGAGGCUUUAGCACCUUCCUGAAGAGGAGGUGGCCCGAUUAUGCUGCCACUUCCAUCUACAUGAUCAACCUGGCAGUCUUUGACCUGCUGCUGGUGCUGUCCCUUCCAUUCAAGAUGGCGCUGUCCAACAUACGGGCUCCCCAUCCUUCUUUCUGUACCUUCGUGGAGUGCUUGUACUUCAUUAGCAUGUACGGGAGUGUCUUCACCAUCUGCUUCAUUAGUCUGGAUAGAUUCUUGGCCAUCCAGUACCCGUUCCUGGUCAGCCACCUCCGGUCCCCCAGGAAGACCUUUGCGAUCUGUUGCACCAUCUGGGUCCUCGUGUGGGCUGGGAGUACCCCCAUCUACAGCUUCCAUGGGAAGGUGGAAAAGUACACGUGCUUCCACAACAUGUCUGAUGGUACCUGGAGUGCCAAAGUCUUCUUCCCCCUCGAGGUGUUCGGCUUCCUUCUUCCCAUGGGUGUCAUGGGUUUCUGUUCCUCCAGGAGCAUUUACAUCCUGGUCAGCCGUCGGGACCUCACCCAGGACUGGGUCCAGCAGAAAGCCUGCAUCUGGACAAUUGCAGCCAGCCUGGCUGUCUUUGUGGUCUCCUUUCUUCCGGUCCACUUGGGCUUCUUCUUGCAGUUCCUGGUACGGAAUGGCUUUAUUGUGGAGUGCAGAGCUAAGCAGAACAUCAGCUUGUUCUUGCAACUGUCCAUGUGUUUGUCCAACAUCAACUGCUGCCUCGACGUCUUCUGCUACUAUUUUGUUAUCAAAGAAUUCCGCAUGGACAUCAUGGCCCACCGGCCUUCCAGGGUCCAGUUUGUCCUUGAGGAUACCACGUCCAGCAGGAUCUAAGGAAGGAAAGACCUCCUCAGGAGAAGGAAACCCCAGCCCCAAACUCCGGUAGCAGAUAUCCCAUUCCAACGUUUCUGAUACGAUGUUUGAAUGUGGCACAUCUGCUGGCGUGCUUUCCCUUUUGAUGCUCAUUGAACACUGUCUUUGCUCAUUAUGCUCCAAAGAGCUUUCCCCAGCAUGCAGGCAA